GAUAGCUAAAUCUCAAGGAGAGAGUUAUUCCUUCUAUGACUGGAAUUGAACUACUGGCUUCUAUAUAAAAGGCCAUGCAUACUCUCAACAGAUAUCAAGAUGGACGAUGACUUUGACCCUUCAAAAACCCCAAAACUUUACUACUUCUGUUGAAGCCCAUCACAUUUUCCCGGACCUUUUCAACACUCCCCAUCUCCAUCACCAUCUCCAUCUGUGCACUCAAGCCGCAGCCGACUCGAACUAUCUCCAGGCAAAAACUUCAUUCCCUUAGAAAAACAUGAAUGAAGACCGAUUACCAUCUCCCCGCCAUCACCACACCAACAAUAAGAAGAAAACAAGAUUCGUAUUCAGAUUCUUGAAAUCCCCAACGUUCUACGUUACCCUUUUACUGCUAUCUUACGCACUAGGUUACUUAUCAGCUCCAAGCUCCUGCUCUUCACUGCGGCCUUUACCAUCUCCAGAAAUCUUGAAGGUCGACGGUGAUAACCUCAACAACCAACUCGACAACUUCCGGGUCAAGGCUCACUGUGCCAAACCCCUUCCACCCCAACUUGUCCGCGAAACAAUUCUAGACCGAGUUUACAACGCCACGUCGCCAUAUGACAAUUUCCCUCCUGUGCACGUUAGAGGCCUCCUCAGAGAUAAAAGACUCAAGGGAUGGGGCUCAUACGGUGAAGUUUUUGAACACCUUAUCCAGAAAGUGAAGCCUAAAGUGAUUAUUGAAGUGGGUACUUUCUUGGGCGCUUCAGCUCUCCACAUGGCCGAGUUGACUCGAAAACUCGGGCUCGACUCUCUCAUUCUUUGUAUUGACGAUUUUCGCGGGUGGCUCGGGUUCCGUGACCUGGCUGGUUUUGUUAAUAUGGUAAACGGUGACGUUCUGUUGCUGUAUCAGUUCAUGCAGAAUGUUGUUCAAAACAAUGCCACAGGGUCGGUUUUGCCCAUACCCUUUUCGAGCGGGUCAACAUUGGAGAUAUUAUGUGAGUGGGGCGUGUUUGGUGAUUUGAUUGAAAUUGAUGCGGGUCAUGAUUUUAACUCUGCCUGGGCGGAUAUUAAUCGGGCCUACCGCAUCUUAAGACCCGGUGGGGUAAUUUUUGGACACGAUUAUUUUACUGCAGCGGACAAUAGAGGCGUGAGGAGAGCAGUAAAUUUGUUUGCUCGAAUGAACGGGCUUAAGAUCCAAACUGAUGGGCAACACUGGGUGAUUGACUCCGCCUGAAUUCGGGUUUGCUUGUGCUUGUUCGUUAAAAGUUACCGUUGGUAAUUUUGUAAACUUUUGUUAACUGUUGUCGUGACAGGGUAGAUUUUGUCAAUUUCAUAAAAGGACACGUGUGUGAUGUGACCAGAGUCAAAGAUAUGUAUCUUUUUAAUAAAUUUUAGCUUUUGAAGGCCAUGCUUGAAAACCUUCAUCCACUA